AUGCAGAUACAACCUUUCUCUUUUGUAAGGAGAUGUCAAUAUUACGAUGCAAAUAAGUGGCCUCUAAGUGAUAAAGAAGGUGGUGUUUUCUUAUUUUAUCUUGUCACCAAUUUCUUUAUUGUACCAAAUGCAGGCGACAAGUGUCAUGUUAACAUAGUUGAGAAAAUCAAGAUUACGCGUGCUGAUCAUGAAUCUUAUGUGACGCAGCUAGCGAAGCUCAACAACAAUGUUGCUAUUAGUGAUCGCGUUUCGUUAAAUUCGGAUGCCGAAAAUCGCGAAAUGACUUCAUUGGCCCUUAGUGGAAUGCAGCUCCUCUGCCAAUGGACUGCAGACGUUGUGGAGACUAUCAGCUGGAAACUUCUACAUCCCACUAAUAGCCGAGAUAACAAGGACUGCCCUGAGACUGCGGAGGAGUAUGAGAGGGCGACAAGAUACAACUACUCACCUGCUGAAAAAACAGCUCUCAUUCAGACAAUUUCAAUGAUAAAAGGCUUACAGUCAUUAUUGGGACGCAUCGAAUCCUCUCUUUCCAAUGCUAUAAGGCGUCAUAUAUACACUGAACUGCAAACAUUCGUUCAACAUGCCUUCAACGAACCAAUCCAAAAGGCUGUGAAGGGCAAGAAAGAUCUUUUGGCAAGCAUUUUACAAUCGGUCCGGGAUACGUGUAUGGACACAUAUUCAGCGGAAUCCCGACCAUCUGUUGAAAAGUCAAAGAAAAGACAAGGGAAAGAUUCGGCAACUAGUUCAAGCAGCGAUUUGCGCAUUACUAGGCGAGCGUCGCCACCCGCACCAAGCAGCACUCAGCUCUAUAUGGCAAGGACUCAACUGGAGUCUCUGAUAUCGGAACGUGCUAGUGGUGGAAAGAAAGUUCUACGCAAGGAACUAGAUGCAAAGACCAUAGAGAGAAUUUCAAUCUUUCUGAGGUAUCUU